CGCACCCCAUAACCUCCAUGUUUUGGGGUGUGUGUUAUGGGGCAGAUCCGUUUCAUCCUGAUCCAGAACCGGGCCGGUAAGACCCGCUUGGCCAAGUGGUACAUGCAAUUCGACGACGACGAGAAACAAAAACUCAUCGAAGAAGUUCACGCCGUCGUCACCGUCCGCGAUGCCAAACACACCAAUUUUGUCGAGUUCCGUAAUUUUAAGAUCAUUUACCGUCGUUACGCCGGCCUUUAUUUCUGUAUCUGCGUUGACGUCACCGAUAACAACUUGGCUUAUCUGGAGGCCAUUCAUAACUUCGUAGAGGUCCUCAAUGAGUAUUUCCACAACGUCUGCGAGCUCGAUUUGGUCUUCAAUUUCUAUAAGGUCUAUACGGUGGUGGACGAGAUGUUCCUGGCUGGGGAGAUCCGCGAGACCAGCCAGACCAAGGUGUUAAAGCAGCUCCUGAUGCUGCAGUCAUUGGAGUGAGCCUUCAUCAUCAUCAUCAUCAUCAUCAUCAUCAUCCUCAUCCUCCUCCUCAGCUGACCCAGGGCUGGAGCUUGGGGGGCUGAUAUGGGGUAGGAAUUGGACCCCACAGUGUUAAUAUGGGGAAGGGAUCCCCCCCCCAUAUACCCCUAUGUGUCCCCAUCCCCGACCCCAAAAGGGACCAAACCCCAACGUUGUGCUGUGAAUAAAUGUGACUCCCCCCCC